AUGAGCAAUAAUCACCAUCUGUCGUCAACGAUCAAUAAUGAAGAAGUAACAUUCAUUAAUGAUGGAUUAAAUGCAAAAGCGGAGAUGGCGCAGAAUCCGCUCAAAACAUUCAACUCACUGUUACGCGAUGAUUUUUCUCAUAACAAUAACGAAAAUUCAAGAAAUUUACAAAGUACAAAUAUACAUAAUGCUAAAGGAAGUUCCAUUACAUCAACAGGAAAAACUGUUCGAGCAGAUUUAGAAGAAGCCAAAAAUCUUGAAAAGAUAUUAUUUGAAGAAAUCGAUCCAACACUGUAUAAAUCAAAUGUUGAUACCUUAUCAAUGAUAGAUGAAAAUACUUAUGCUUUUGAUAGAAGGAGAGGAGCUAUCGUGAAUUUAACGGGAAGAGAAAUCGAAUUUUUAGCACCCACUCAUAUCAUUAAUCGAAAUUUGAAUUUAGCUGGUCAUAGAACCGGAAAUUUAGCAUCGAGUCACAUAGUAGACUAUUCGGCUUUCUUGACCAAUUCUCCUUCCAUGAAAACAAGUACAGUAGUUCCAGAUUUCGAGAUUUCUCCUUCUGCUACAACAGCAAUUUCGAUUAGUGGCAAAGAAAUGUUAUUAAAACAAACUCCAGCUAUUACAAUGAGCCAACAAAAUUCUGCAUCAGCAUUGAUUGAUUUUAGCCGUCCUCAAAUAUUAGACGAAUAUAAUUACUCCAAUAAAUUUGCAAGCUCAACCACACAAACUUCUGCAGUUAGUUGGAUUACAGAGAGUGUAACCGACUUACCGAAAACUGUCAUUUUUUCACCCACUGAUCAUACUACUAUUCCUGAUGGCAUCUCUUCCUUCCAUUCAUUUUCAACUUCUACUACAACUUCUUCAAAACCGGGACUGAUAAUUUUUCCCAACAGAAAAAACUCUGAUGGAUCAGCUUAUGUUGGAAUAAAACUAUCACCACCGGCACUCGAUGAUCGAUCGUCAGAAACAAAAAUUGAAAUGCCCAAUUCCGGUAGAACCUUGGUUGAAAAUAUUACUGAACCAAAAAAUAAUUCUGGAAAUGGAACAUUAUAUUCUCGACCAAUGCCUCCGGUUAAUUUUAUUAGGAUAGGUGAUCGAGAGAUUCUGGAUGAGCAAUGGUCUCAAAGUAAAGCUUCACCAGUCCACCCGAUGCCACGUAUUUCAGUUGGAGAACGGAUUGAUAGACUGCAAGAAACCCAACCUUCAGAUUCUUCGGAAGCUGAAGCAAUGUUUGUCGCAAGAGAAGCAAUCGUAAAAAGUGCUUCAUCUUAUCGAUCAGCGGAAGUUCCACAGGAAACACAAUUUAGAAAGCCUUUUCAAGUUGAAUUUAAUUCGAACGAUAAAAUAAUCCUCCCUGAUCUUACCAUUCGAGAAGACAAAAUUACCCCUCCAGGCAUAUUCUUCAUUCCAGAACAUGAUUCGGUAACUUCUGAGCCAGAUUACAUAGAAUCGAUGGAUUCCUCAUUUUUAAAUACCGAUACACUAUUUACGGCAUCUGAACAAGAGAAAAGCGAAGCCCUGAAAUCUGAAUUCAGAACAUCGAUUAAUACUCAAUUACCGGAGAAUAUUCAAUUUACUCGAUCACAAGAACUAUCGUCCGAUCCAAUCGGAUUUAAAGUAAUGAACGAUGAGCCAUCACUGAUACAGACCACAAGCGAAAUAAACGUUAACGAAUUGAUCGAUUGCGAUAUCAUUGCUUUCGACGAAGAUAAAUGUCCAAUAGAAAAUGAUAAAUCUGAUCAAACACAAUCUGAUGUAUUGUUUUUAAUCGGUGUUUCUCAUAAUAUCAGUGAAAUUCACUUUCAACAAUCAUUGAAACUUAUUAUGGACACCGUGGAACAAUUUAAAAAUAUUGGUUCUAAUGGAAUACAGAUUUCAUUGGUACAAUUUGCACGAGAAGCUGUGUUGGAAUUUUCAUUCCAUAAGCAUAACUGUAAGCCUUGUCUUCUUGCUGAUAUUGCUGAUACUAAAUGUAUCAGUGGAUUAAACACUACUGAUAAUGCCAUCAAUAAGAUUAUCAAGUAUGGCUUUAGCAAACGACGAGGUGAUAGAGAUGAAGCGGCGAAUAUACUUGUAGUAGUCAGCAAUGGUUUACUCGACGGUCAAUUUCAUGAAGCGCUACAGUUACUUCAUCCAAACAAUAUAACAAUGAUGAUCGUAUCCACUACUGAUAAUACAAAUCAUCAACUGACCAAACAAUUUGUCAAUGAUGAUAAAUAUCACAAUCUUUUCUUCGACGCAACUACAGUGGACAGUGACCAACUAUCUGAUCAUCUGGCAGGGCUUAUUCGAACCAUUUCAAAAGGUUUGGGGUGA